AUGAUCUGCUCAAAUAAGAGAACUCGUUGCUUGGCAAACAAAGUAGACUUCACGAUGAUCAAACUAUCAGAAACAGAGCAUCCUCUUAUCGACUUAGGUACCUCUCUCUGGCUUCUCAACUGCUCUAUGCUUCUGUGUGGAAGCUUCCAAAAUCAGAUUAUCCGUCUGAUAAACAUGAUGCGUUUCGAUGAGAAGCAAGCGUCUCGUUUAGCUAAUUCCAAACUCGGAAAACCAAUAGAGGUUGAUGCAGAGUCUUUAGCUCAAUCUGAUUCAGAGAAUGAGAAUGAUGCAGAUUUCGAAGACGGGUCUAUCUCCGAGGAAGAGGAAGAGGAGCUCGAGUAUCUUGAUGAUACCACACAAGUGCCCUCCAUUGAAAACGAAACUGGUCCAGAGAUUAGAAAGGGGUGGAGAAGAGUGAGAAAGAUCUAUAGCCGUAGCAAGCAGUACAUUUUCAUCGCAGCUACACUUCCACUUAACGGGAAGAAGACUGCAGGAGGACUCUUGAAACAUAUGUUUCCAGAUGCUGUUUGGGUUAGCGGAAACUUCCUUCACCGAAACAGUCCUAGACUAAAGCAGAAAUGGGUUGAAGUCACAGUAGACACACAAGUUGAUGCACUUCUAGAGGCUGUAAGGAACAACAACAGCGAAGACAGGACGAUGGUGUUUGCAAAUACCGUUGAGGCGGUUGAAGCAGUAGCUGAUAUAUUGGAGAAAGCUACAAUCCAGUGCUACCGUUACCACAAGAACCAUACCCUUGAGGAACGUGCUAAUAUAUUAGCUGAUUUCAGAGAAAACGGCGGUGUCUUUGUCUGUACUGAUGCAGCUGCUCGUGGAGUUGAUGUUCCUAACGUCUCACACGUUAUUCAGGCGGAUUUUUCUAGCUGUGCAGUUGAUUUUCUUCACAGGAUAGGUCGAACAGCUAGAGCUGGGCUGUAUGGGACUGUGACGAGUCUAUACACUGAGGCUAACAGCGAUUUAGUGGAAGCGAUCCGUGAAGCAGUCAAGACUGGUCAGCCCGUGGAAACUGCAUUCAGCAGGAAAAGGGGUUUCAGGAACAAGAUAAAGAAGAGAGCUUUUUUGAAAGCUGGAGAAGCAGAGGAGCCUCAAGCUGUGCGAGUUUAAGUAGAUCACCACACUGGUUGUUGUAUAUAUUGCAAAAAUGGAAUAAUCACUUAUUUUUUUCUUUGUUGUUCCAGUAGGAAUAUGAUAACUUCGGUUCCAAACUUAAAAGCUUAAUUUUUAAAAAAAUAUUAUUUUUUACAAUUAGUUUUAUCUGACGGGAAGUUUUUCUGUGAUAA